CUGACCAUGGCAGAAGAUGAGUUAUUAUAUCCUGGCUUGGAUAAAGUGGCUGGCGAAGAGUUCCUGCAGGCAGCAUUCCAGAUCAUGCUUGAGGAAGGCGUCAGAAAAGGGAUGGAUGCCUCUGAAAAGGUGUGCGAAUGGAAAGAGCCUGAGGAAUUGCAGCAGAUUUUGGACCUGGAUCUAAAAGACUGUGGGGAGCCACAGGAGAAGUUGUUGAAGCGUUGUAGGAAUGUUAUUCGAUACAGCGUGAAAACAUGUCACCCACGUUUUUUCAACCAGCUGUUUUCAGGCCUUGAUCACCAUGCUUUGGCUGGACGGCUGAUCACAGAGAUGCUCAACACCAGCCAGUACACAUAUGAGAUUGCCCCAGUAUUUGUGUUGAUGGAAGAGGUGGUGCUGAAGAAGCUGCGGGAGCUGAUUGGCUGGAAGAAAGGAGAUGGCAUCUUCUGCCCUGGGGGCUCCAUCUCCAACAUGUAUGCCAUGAAUGUGGCACGGUUCCACUGCUUCCCAGACUGCAAGCAGAAGGGUAAUUGGGCAAUCCCAAAACUGGCAGCUUUUACUUCACAGGAGUGCCACUACUCCAUCCAGAAGGGAGCAGCUUUCUUGGGCAUUGGGACAGACAAUGUCUACCUUGUUGCAGUUGAUGAAAAGGGAAAAAUGAUCCCUGCUGAGCUGGAGAAGCAGAUCAAUUGUGCCAAGGCUGAGGGGGCUCUCCCAUUCUUUGUCAACGCCACCUGUGGCACCACUGUCCUGGGAGCCUUUGACCCUGUGGCCAAGAUUGCAGAGGUGUGUGCGAGGCACAGGGUCUGGCUCCAUGUGGAUGCUGCGUGGGGUGGCAGUGCCCUCCUCUCCCAAAGACACCGGCAUCUUCUGCAUGGGAUUGAGAGGGCAGAUUCCGUGGCUUGGAACCCUCACAAAAUGCUUAUGACUGGGCUGCAGUGUUCUGCGUUUCUCCUCCAAGACAGCUCCGGCUUGCUGCAGAGGUGCCACUGUGCCAAGGCCACCUAUCUCUUCCAGACAGACAAGUUCUAUGACAUGGCUUACGACAAGGGGGACCAAACCAUCCAGUGUGGGCGCAAAGUUGACUGCUUCAAGCUGUGGCUGAUGUGGAAGGCCAACGGCACCAAGGGCUUGGAGCAGAGAGUGGACAGGGCCUUUUCCUUCACCAGGUAUCUGGCUGAUGAAAUUAGGAAGAGAGAAGGUUUUCAACUCGUGAUAGAGCCAGAGUUCAUCAAUCUGUGUUUCUGGUAUGUGCCACCCAGCCUACGAGGGCAGGAGGGUUGCACAGAUUACUCUCUAAGACUGGGGAAGGUGGCUCCUGUAAUUAAGGAACAGAUGAUGAAGAAAGGGUCCAUGAUGGUGGGCUACCAGCCACAUGGUGAUAGGGUCAACUUCUUCCGCCAGGUGGUCACCAAUCCAGCAGUCACCAGAGAGGACUUGAACUUCUUCCUAGAUGAGAUUGAGAGACUUGGCAGAGACCUGUAACAGUUCUGCCAUGCUGCUUCUCCUGUCUCCCUC